AUGGCGGGCCUUGAGCUCGUGGCCAUCCAAGACUCCACCACAGGCCUCGACCACGCGUUGGCCUCUUUGUCCGCCUUCCUCAACAGUAACUCCGUAUAUCUUGACGCUUUCGUUCAAGAGACGAAGAACUUCGUCCGCGGCACCUAUGAUGCUUUAGAGAUACUCGUACCUUUCCACAUAGGGACCCGUCCCUCGCCCGGGGUCACGACCACAGAGUUAACCGAUCUUGAAUCUGGCAUAAAUGUCCUCGAAUUUCCUCACGCCGGUCAGGACCUCGAAGACAAUCAUCUCGAGCACGCCGAUGGCUCGGAAGACGUUCAACUGGCCACCAUGGGCGAACAACUGGAACAUGUGGAGGAACUCUCUUCUCACCCCUAUCAAGCUCUCAUGCAGAUGUUAGUUCGCUUCUUCGGACCUCUAUCCCUGAUAGUGGUCCCUGGUCUCGUUCUUGCGGUCAUAACGGGGCAUUUGUCAUGGGACGUAGCCCUCUGCGGCGCCUUGGCUACUGUUCUCACUGCACAGUUUCCUCGCAAGUCUUCAUAA